AUGUCGGAGGAUAUAAUUGUGACGUUUAUCAUACCUAGGGAUUUAAAAAGUGAAAAUGACUGUUCAGAAGAAAUGAAACUAGCUUUUACUGCAUGUGAGCAACAUUCCGGUGGAGGCAUACAUGCUCAGUUUGUGCACGAAUCAAAAUGGAAAAAGUUUGACGGUCUUACUAAAAAGGAUGUGUUCGUCUUAGCAGAGUUUUCUGGAGAGCUAUUUGAGCGGCUCCGAGCAACUAAAUGCUUGUUAGUUGGCCCUCGGUGUUUAUCAUGUUGCCUUACAGAAGGUACUCCAAUACCAUCUGGGCCAGAUCCUGUUUACACAAUAGCUAUGAGAGGUCUUGUUGUUACAGCUAGUGGAUUAUCAAAGCCACAGAAGGAUAAUAUUAAGAAGAAAGUCCAAUGGAUGGGAGGUAUCUACAGUACUGUGCUAACAGAAGAGACAACACACCUUGUCUCCGAUACUGUGCUCUCUGACAAAUAUAUUAAAUCAGUUGAAAAAGGAAUACCGGUAAUGAGUGAAUCUUGGGUUGAUGCUGUGUGGGAAUCAUCACUGCAGCUCAAUGUGAAUGGAUCUUCAAGUGAUUUUGAUUUCCACCGCUUACCACCAUUUACAAAUCUACAAGUGACCACCUCAGGGAUAACAAAAAAUGAGAAGAAGUUGAUAAUGAAGUUAGUUAAUGAGAACGGUGGUGUCUAUUCUGGUCCAUUCCAAAGUGAGAGUACAGAUGUAGUGGUUCUUACCAAGGAUGGAGUCGGCAGCGAAAAAUACAAGGCAGCGUUAGAAUAUGGAAAAGCGUGCGUUCUACCAUCAUGGGUUAUUAAUUCCGCGGAACGCGGUGUGGCAUUACCCCUACAUAAGUAUAAGGUGACUGGGGCUUCAACAUCUUCGCCUUUGGCUGAACAUCGCUUGCCUGAUAUGAGUUUAAACUUUUCUCGUAUAACAAACUUGAGACAGCCGAUGAAUUUUGUUGACGAAUCUAGAGCAGCGGAUGUUACCACAUCCUCUGGAAGAUUUAAGUUAUCACAAGAGACAAGAAAAACCGAUACAUCUAUGGACAAACAGAUCGUGGAAGCUUAUGAGAAAUUUGAUUUGAGUAAAAUCAAGAAAGCUGGUCCAAUAUUUGAUGGAUUUUGUAUAUGGCUAGUAGGCCUCGAAGGCAUUUGUCGUGAACGUGCAACUGCGUGCGUGUCACGUUGCGGUGGCGUACGAUACGAUUGUCCGCACGAGAGAGUUACGCACGUAGUGGCCGGUACGAAGAUAGCUGGUACCGCGGCUUUGGCUGCAUUGCCCAAUGUACCUGUGUUGACUGCGAUGUGGUUAUUGGCCUGUGUUGAGGCUGGAAGGGCGCUCGAUGAGGCUGAGUAUGUAAUGAAUAUCAAAAUGGCCACGCCCAAAAAGUCAAAGAAAGUGCCAAUAGAACCAGCAUCGCCGAUGAGUAAACGCAACUUACAGUUAUUACAUGAGCCUCUAAACCUACCGCCGCCUGAACCAGAACCGGAACCGGAUAUGGAAGAUGACCUUGUUAAUCAUUAUUUAAGUCAAAAUGUACUGGAGCCAAGAGAAAAAACUCCGGAGCCAGUAAGAGAUGAUCCUGUACCUGAAAUUACUGACGAUAUGGUAGAUGAACCAACUGAAGAGAUUGAACAAAUAUUUAGUGGUUUGAAAAUCGAAGUCCAGGGCUUGGAAGAGGAGGCGAUAAGUGAGUUAGGAGCGGAGAUUUCAGCAGCUGGGGGGUUGUUAGUGGCUAGGGGCGGAGGGGGCCAAGGGACUUAUCGCCUUGUGCCCCUGGACUGGGAAUGUGAGGACGAAGGGGUCGAAUAUGUCACUGUCUUUUGGAUUAAAGAUUGUUUAAGUCAACAAGAAUUACUUCCAUUGCAAUACUACCAUCGACCUGUGACGGUACCCGAGUCUGGCGGUGAACCACUAAAUGGGGUAGUGGCCUGUCUAAGUACAUAUAGUGGAAUUGAGAGAGCGUUUUUGGAUGAAUUGGCCAAGCUACUUGGUGCUACAACCCAACUCCGUUUCUGUCGACGUAACACGGCGAAUGCCCAAGCGUCAACCCAUCUUAUAUGUCCCACCCCAAGUGGGGAUAAAUAUUUAGGGGCAUUAAAGUGGGGUCUUCCCGCAGUUACCGCUGAGUGGCUCCUAGCUUGUCUUGAGAAAGGGAAGAGAGUCAGCGAAAAACCUUAUCUCAUUGGAGAUACUAAGGCGCCACCUACACCUGAAAAACCGGAACCAGAAGAGACCGAGAUAAAUAUACAAGUAUCACUGCAGAAGGAAAGAGACAAAGAUAAUGACAUGCUUCCUCCUGCUGAAAGUCAUGUUCCGAGGCGCUCAUUACAAAAAGACGAAACACCUAAAGCUAAAUGCAGUGAUGGCGAUGACAUGUCACCCGCUUCAAGAUACAUCGCGAUGGCUCGACAGGGCUUACUCGGGGGUGACUCACAGGAGACUCCAAAGAGACCAAAUGAUUCGCUAGACUUGGACAAACAAGAAUGUGCAGUCCGAACUCCGCCGCUAGACGACGCGCUUUCCACUCCAAAUCUUGCUAACUUCAGUCCUACCACACGACGUCGGCUGCAAGCUGUGAAGAGAGGGGAGAUGCCUUCCGACCCAGUUAGGACACCGGUUGAUAACUUUGCCAAAAACAUAGCAACACCAGAUAGUGGGUUCGGAGCGGCUCUGAGACCUGGUUCUGGUCGACUUUCUCCCGAAAAUAGAAAGCGAUUAUGGAAAAUCGUUAACGACCUGCCAUCUAAACAAGACACACCUACUGAUAGACAGCAGACGCCAUUAUCGGAGAUCAGAAAUCGAUUCCUGGCGCAAUUCAAUGGUAGCUCAAAUACGCCUACCGCCGAACAAAGUGUACCCACAGCGAGGAAGUUACAUUUGCAAGAUGACGUGGAGACGCCGCCUUCUAAAAUGGCCAAAUUAUGUCAUAAUCAGAGUCCCAGUGCGUCUAGUAUGGAUUCCAAUGAAAGCAAAAAUAGUAUACCGGGAGUCGAUGCCCAGCUGCAAAGGCUCAGUGCUGCCCUCAGUUCGAGGCUUAGUUCACAGCGGACCAAAAGAACUAGGGAUUCUGUUAGCCUCGCUGUACCUGGUCCAGAAGUGGAAACUGGACCAGAAUCUCAGCCGAAUACAGUGGGAUGGGACGACACCACGCCCCACCGCGCCCCAACUGAAGUUAUCAAACGGUUUAUGUUGUCUUCUAAUGUCGAUAAUCGAGAAGAAAUAACGGAAAUGAUAAUCCACCUGGGAGGUGAGGUCUGUGAGGGAGCUGAGUUGGACCCUCGGGCGACCCAUCUCCUCUGUUCUCUUCCCGGACGGAGUGAGAAGAUGCUGUGCUCUGUGGCCGGUGGUAAAUGGGUGCUGCAUCCAGCUUAUAUAGACAGGAGUAGGGCUGCUGGAAAGUUUCUUUCGGAAGAAGAAUUCGAAUGGGGCAAUCCUCUCGCCCUGGCACUCCCACCUCUUUCGGGAGCAGAGGCAAGCCUAGCCCGUGCUGCUUUUAAAUGGCGGAGUGCGCUUAGCAAGGGAUCACCUGGGCCCUUCCAGGGAGUUGUGGCCUUGUUACAUGUGCCAGCUGGUAGGAAACGAUUGCUGGGCAGGUUACUGGAAGCUGGAGGUGGAAUGGCGCCAGAUGUAGAACCACCAUACACAGAUGAAAAUGUGACAGCGUGCUUUGCGGAUAUUAAAAGGUAUCCGCUUUCCGAUCGGGACGCGAGGUGGCUCGUUUCUAAACGUAUUCCUGUGUGUGCCCCUGUACUUCUGAGCGCGUACCUCACGGACGAGACACUGCCUGAUCCUAAAGAACACUGUCUUCCCGAAUUUAGACCUAAUUAG